GGAGAGCUGCAGGGUCAAGAGGGGUGUCCGGCGGCCUGCUGGUGAACUUGGUCAACAUGAGGAAGUUUUGGGCAAUCGGUCUUUGUUGUAUAUUAUUGGCUUUUGCAUCUGUUCAAGCUGAAGAUGAAGUUGAAGUGGAUGCUACUGUAGAAGAUGACAUUGGAAAAAGUAGGGAAGGAUCUAGAACAGAUGAUGAAGUUGUAAGCAGGGAAGAGGAAGCAAUCCAGUUAGAUGGCCUCAAUGCUGCUCAAAUUAAAGAAAUACGGGAGAAGUCAGAGAAAUUUGCAUUUCAGGCUGAAGUGAACAGGAUGAUGAAACUUAUCAUCAACUCUCUUUACAAAAACAAAGAGAUCUUCCUAAGGGAACUUAUUUCCAAUGCAUCUGAUGCUCUUGACAAGAUCCGAUUGAUGUCUUUGACAGAUGAAAAUGCACUCGCUGCCAAUGAAGAGCUAACAAUAAAAAUUAAGUGUGACAAAGAGAAGAAUAUGCUGCAAAUAACCGAUACUGGCAUCGGUAUGACAAAGGAGGAACUAGUAAAGAAUUUGGGAACUAUUGCCAAGUCUGGAACUAGUGAAUUCUUGAGCAAGUUAACUGAAGCACAAGAUGAUGGGCAGUCUACCUCUGAGUUAAUUGGACAGUUCGGAGUUGGUUUCUAUUCUGCCUUCCUUGUUGCUGACAGAGUAAUUGUGACGUCAAAGCACAAUAAUGAUACACAGCACAUAUGGGAAUCUGAUUCAAAUGAGUUCUUUGUCACUGAUGACCCUCGUGGUGACACCUUGGGCAGAGGAACAACUAUAACCCUGGUGCUCAAAGAGGAGGCAACUGAUUAUCUCGAGCUCGAGACCAUUAAAAACCUAGUGAGGAAAUAUUCUCAGUUUAUGAACUUCCCUAUUUACGUGUGGAGCAGCAAGACCGAGACAGUAGAGGAGCCCCUUGAUGAAGAGGAAGCUAAGGAAAAAGAUGAAGAAACUGAUGAAGAAGCUGCAGUUGAAGAAGAGGAUGAGGAAAAGAAGCCUAAAACCAAAAAGGUUGAGAAGACCAUUUGGGAUUGGGAGCUGAUGAAUGAUAUCAAGCCCAUUUGGCAGAGGCCAGCUAAAGAAAUUGAAGAGGAUGAAUACAAAGCCUUUUACAAAUCAUUUUCUAAGGAAAGUGAUGAUCCUAUGGCUCACAUCCAUUUCACUGCUGAAGGAGAAGUCACCUUUAAAUCAAUCCUGUUCAUACCCAGCACUGCACCAAGAGGUCUUUUUGAUGAAUAUGGCUCCAAAAAGAUUGAUUUUAUCAAGCUGUUUGUACGAAGAGUAUUUAUUACCGAUGACUUCAAUGAUAUGAUGCCAAAAUACCUAAACUUUGUCAAAGGCGUGGUUGAUUCAGAUGAUCUGCCUUUAAAUGUUUCAAGAGAAACCUUGCAACAGCACAAACUACUGAAGGUUAUUAGAAAGAAACUGGUCCGAAAGACAUUGGAUAUGAUUAAGAAAAUUGCUGAAGAUAAAUAUACAGAUAAAUUCUGGAAGGAAUAUGGAACCAAUAUUAAACUCGGUGUAAUUGAAGACCAUUCAAACAGGACCCGCUUAGCAAAACUUCUUCGCUUCCAGUCUUCCCAUCACAAAUCUGAGACUACAAGUCUGGAGCAGUAUGUGGAAAGAAUGAAGGAUAAACAGGAUAAGAUCUACUUCAUGGCUGGAUCUAGCAGGCAAGAGGUUGAAUCCUCUCCAUUUGUUGAACGCCUCCUUAAGAAAGGUUAUGAAGUUGUGUUCUUAAUUGAACCUGUUGAUGAGUAUUGCAUCCAGGCCCUACCAGAAUUUGAUGGCAAGAGAUUCCAGAAUGUUGCCAAGGAAGGCCUUAAGUUUGAUGAAAACGAAAAGUCAAAGGAGGCCCGGGAAGCACAAGAGAAGGAAUAUGAACCACUGCUGACAUGGAUGAAGGAUAAGGCUUUGAAAGACCAGAUUGAAAAGGCUGUAGUGUCUCAGCGUUUGACUCAAUCUCCUUGUGCAUUAGUAGCCAGUCAGUAUGGCUGGUCUGGCAAUAUGGAAAGAAUAAUGAAAGCACAAGCAUAUCAGACAGGAAAAGAUAUUUCCACAAAUUAUUAUUCAAGCCAGAAGAAGACAUUUGAAAUAAAUCCAAGACAUCCUUUGAUCAAAGAUAUGUUAAGAAGAGUCAAGGAAAAUGAAGAUGAUCAGACUGUAGCAGACCUUGCAGUUGUUCUCUUUGAAACUGCCACGUUACGUUCAGGAUAUCAGCUGGUUGAUACUAAACUAUAUGGAGACAGGAUUGAAAGAAUGUUGCGCUUAAGCUUACAGAUCGACCUUAAUGCUCAGGUGGAAGAAGAGCCAGAAGAGGAAGAACCUGCUGCAGAUGACGCUGAACAAGAUGAUUCUGAAGAUGUGGAAGAGGUUGAUGCAGAAGAGGAUGAGGAAAAACCACAAAUGGAAGAAACCCAAACACAGGAAUCCACAGAAGUAAAAGAUGAACUGUAAAUUCCAUUCAGACUUGUUUAUUUGACGUUUUUGUGGAUGGGAGGGUUUUUUAGUUGGAUAUUUUUUUUUUAAAAAAAACAUUCCUCAUGAAUGUAAAUUUGUACUAUUUAUGAGUAUAUCGAUGUAAAACCUUUCAUGUGAAAAUAUAUGUUGAAAACACCAUACUGGAUUCCGUCUCCAAAGCUGAAAAGGGAAUAUCAACUACACUAGGAAUAUGAGCACUUCAAGUUCAAGAACCUCUGCAUCUAGAAGAGGAAUUAUGUUAAAUAACUGUUUAUCCUUUGAAACGGUCUGGAAAACAAGUACUGAAAGGGUGUCACCAGUAACACAGUCUUGAGACAUGCUGAAAAACACACUACAAAGAGCUGGGCUUGCUGGAUAUGUGAACUGUACAGGUUCUGUAAAUAUAUUUUUUUGGAAAAUGGCACUAUAAUGCAUACCAUGUGUAACUUUUUGGGUUACUGUUAUGUCAGUGUUGCAGUUGGACUACACAGCAGUUGACAACAAUAAAGUUGUGGUGACUUUGUACCUACAAUGAAGGAACAGUA